AUGGAUGUGUCCAACAGGGUCUCCAAUGGUUCCAGCCACUGGGUGACUGAGUUCAUCUUAAUGGGUUUUCCAGGCAUUCACAGCUGGCAACACUGGCUCUCCAUCCCCAUGGCCCUGCUCUACCUCUCGGCCCUUGUGGCCAAUACCAUGAUUCUGCUCACCAUCCAGCAGGAAGCAGUUCUGCACCAGCCUAUGUUCUAUUUCCUGGUUUUCCUGGCCCUGGUGGACAUGGGUCUGAGCUCUACCAUCAUGCCCAGGAUCCUGACCAUGCUCUGGUUCAAUGCCCGGACCAUCAGCCUCCCAGAAUGCUUCUUUCAGAUCUAUGCUAUUCAUGUCUUCUUGGGGCUGGAGUCUGGUAUCUUUCUGUGCAUGGCACUGGACAGGUAUGUGGCCAUCUGUCACCCCCUCCGCUAUCCCUCAAUCAUCACAGAAGGCUUUGUCCGUAAGGCUGCUAUGUUCAUGGUGUUAAGGAAUGGUCUCCUAGCCAUCCCAGUGCCUGUCCUGGCUGCAAGGCAACAUUACUGCUCCAGAAAUGAGAUUGACCACUGUAUGUGCUCCAACCUGGCUGUCACAAGCCUGGCGUGUGAUGGCAGGAAGGCCAACAGCAUUUUCCAUCUCUCUGUGGCUUGGAUCGUAUUGGGUAGUGACAUGGGUCUCAUCAUUGUCUCUUAUGCCCUGAUCCUGCUAGCGGUGCUGAAGUUACACUCGGCUGAAGCUGCCUCCAAAGCCCUGAGCACCUGCAGCUCCCACAUCAUCCUCAUCCUCUUCUUCUACACGGCCAUUGUGGUCUUGGUCAUGACCCACAGUGCAAAGGUGAAGGUACCCCUCAUCCCGGUCCUCUUCAAUGUCCUGCACAAUGUCAUCCCUCCAGCUCUCAACCCCAUAGUUUAUGCCCUGAGGACCCAGGAGAUCAAAGUGGGGAUCCUGAAGCUGAUCAGGCUGGCUGGACUGAGAAAAUGA